AAAUUAGCCCAUAUUUUAGAUUCUUAAGAGUUAAUUUGAGACUAAGAGGUGAGAGCUAAAUAUUAGCCCAUGAAACCAAACAAAGUGUUUAGGUGGAGAGCACGAGGCCACCCACUCCAAACAAAAAAACGUUAUCCUGCCGUCCCACGCAGGCCAAGUCAAACCGUUGAAUCGCCAGCCUUGGAAAAGUUGAAAUACUCCGCCACGUCCCACGUACGCGUGGUGACCGACGCGACGCUGCGUUGCUCGCCGAGACGCCGACCACCCGCCGAAGUUGCACCACCACCACCGUCGCCGGCACGCGCAGAUGGGAGAGCCCGACGACGAGAUCACGUUCGAGUUCCUGCCGCUGAUCCGGUGCUACAGGAGCGGCCGCGUCGACCGCCUCCUCCCGGACACCCGCGUCCCGCCCUCCGUCGACGCCGCCACCGGCGUCGCCUCCCGCGACGUCACCAUCGACCCGGCCACCGGCCUGUGGGCGCGCCUCUACCUCCCCGACCUCGACGGCGGCGAGAGGAAGCUGCUGCCCGUCGUCGUGUACCUCCACGGCGGUGGCCUCGUCGUCGGCUCCGCCGCGGACGCGCUCGAGCACGGGUUCGCCAACCGUCUCUGCGCGCGGGCGCGCGCCCUCGUGGUGUCCGUCGACUACCGCCUCGCGCCCGAGCACCCCGUCCCCGCCUGCUACGACGACGCGUGGUCCGCGCUGCAGUGGGCCGUCGCCGCCGCGAGCGCCGACCCGUGGCUCCGCGACCACGGCGACAGGGAGCGCGUCUUCGUGCUCGGGUACAGCUCCGGCGGCAACAUCGCCCACAACGUCACCCUCCGCGCCGGGGCCGAGGAGCUCCCCGGCGGCGCGAGCGUCAAGGGGAUGGCGCUGCUGCACCCGUACUUCAUGGCGGCCAAGAAGGCCGACGGCGAGGUGAAGAACGCGUGGCUGAGGGGCAAGCUGGAGGAGAUGUGGGCGUUGGCGUGCGGCGGCGGCCGGACCACGGCGGGGCUGGACGACCCGCGGAUCAACCCGGUGGCCGACGGCGCGCCGAGCCUGCGCCGGCUCGGCUGCGACCGCGUCCUGGUCUGCCUCGCCGACGACGAGCUGGAGGUCCGGGGCAAGGCGUACUACGACGGGUUGCUGGAGAGCGGGUGGGCAGAGGACGCCGCCGAGCUGCUUGUCUCCGGCGAGGAUCACGAGUACGUCCACCGCGAUCCCGACAGCGCCAAGGCCGUGGUUGUGAUGGACCGGCUAGCCGCGCUCUUUGGCGGGAAAAAUUAGAACAGCAAUUAAUCACAUUCUAGUGACCUGCAAUGUUGUUGAUGAAUGCUGGAGUUUUGUUGCAUUCUGAGCUGUUUGAGCUCACAAAAAAUAAGAAGAAAUGAAGAGAGAAAAACAUGUUGUGCUGUGCACGUUCCACCUUCAGUAAUCAGCGGUAUUAUGGAGUUGAAUAAAAUGGAACAAGUUGUUUCUUGUUUGACUUA